AUGACGAGUCGGCGGACAGAGUUUGAGUGCCGACACACGGGUUGCGGCCAAACGUACGAUCGGGUGUCACACCUGCGCCGGCAUCAGAUCAGUCACAUGACUGACCGGCCGUUUCGGUGCGAAUACGAGAGUUGCGACGCCGUGUUUGACUACAAGUAUCUUCUCGGCCAACAUAUGGCCAAACUUCACGGCAAUCCGGCGGCCGAAGCCGUGCGCCGGCGACGGCUGGAGAACCAGCGGUGCUUCGACCCGACGACCGGCGUAUACGUGUGUCCGCACACCGACUGCGCCAAAGAGUACGACACGUACGAGAAGUUCACGCAUCACUUGCGUGUCGUUCACCCAUCGGUGCGGUACCCGUGCGGACACCAGGGCUGCCACAAGUCGUUCAAAACGCGUAUGCAAUUGCGUCGACACCAGUGGACACACAGCGACCAUAAGCCCCACCGAUGCCAACACCCGGGCUGUGCGUACGCCACCUCUCAUAAGGACAAUCUCCGCCACCACUCUGUCAUUCAUUUGGCCGAACGACCCGUCUAUCGGUGCGAAGAGCGGGACUGCCAGAAGAGCUACAACACGCCGGCCGGCCUCAGACAGCACGUGAACAACGAGCACAGGUCAACCGAUAUGGCCCGACGGCACCGGUGUUCGCACCCCAACUGCGACCGCAGUUACGUGACUCGUCAGCGGUUGAAGAGCCAUAUGGCCAGCCAUAGCGCCGAACCGACCCUACGGUGCGGUCGCUGUCAGGAACUGUUCCACACGGAGUGGUAUCUGACGAAACACGUGAACACUGUUCAUCUCAACAAACCUAUGGUUCAGGGCUUUAAGCCGAUCUACCCGUGCGAAUGGCCCGGUUGUGACUAUAAGGGCACGCGAACGGCGCUUCGCAAUCACCGUAAUCUUCAUACGGGCGACAAACCAUUCACCUGCGAUUGGCCCGAAUGCGACAAACGGUUCCGACUGGCGGCCACACUUCGCGACCAUAAGAAUAUACAUUACAAUCUGCGGCCGUACGCCUGCCAUUGGCCGGGCUGUCAGUACAGCUGUAGUAAUAGCGGCAAUUUGGCCAAACAUGUCAAGCAAUCGCACCCAAAUGUUUUAAACACUGUGUUUUCGUCCUUUCGGUACUCAUCACUACUCGACCGACACGUGACUAAAAUUCACGGCAAUUCGGCGGCCGAAGCCGUACGACAGCAGAAGCUCGACGAUCAGCAAUACUUGGAUCCGAUCGCCGGGGGAUACGUGUGUCCGCACGCGGACUGCGGCGGCAAAUCAUACGACACGCACAGGAAGUUUAGGCAACACACGCGUCACGUUCACUCGUGCGAACAGUUCCCGUGCGGACACGACGGCUGUCACAAGACAUUCAAAACGCUUAAACAAGUGGACGAUCACCGGCUCACACACAACACCGUUAGGGCCUACCACUGCCCACAGCCGGGAUGUUCGUACGCCACGCACGUCAAGCGAUACCUCCGCCACCACGCGGUCACCCAUUUGGCCGAUCGGCCCGUCUAUCGGUGCGAAGAAGCCGAAUGUCAGCGAACUUUUGGAUCACAGCUCGGCCUUAAGAAUCACGUGACGAGAGAGCACAGGUCGCCCACCGAUACGACGGCGUCGACAACGCGGCACACGUGUCCGCACCCGGGAUGCGAUAAAAGCUACUUCACGAGUACACACCUGCGCAACCAUAUGGCCACUCAUUGCUCGGAACCGACCCUACCCUGUGAUCAGUGUUCAGAGCUGUUCCGCUCGGAGUGGUAUCUGAAGAAACACGUGAUAACUGUUCACCAAAACAAGCCGUAUGUGAAGAAACCCAAACCGAUCCACGCGUGCGAAUGGCCCGGUUGUGACUAUAGGGGCACUCGUAACCGACUUAACCAUCACAAGACUAUUCAUACGGGAGACAAGCCGUACGUCUGUGAUUGGCCCGAAUGUGGCAAACGGUUCCGCGUUAUUACCAAUCUUCGGGAACACAAGAAUGUCCACUCAAAUCUGCGGCCGUACGCCUGCCAUUGGCCGGGCUGUAGCUAUAGAUGUAGUAAUAGCGGCAAUUUGGCCAAACAUUUGAAGACAAUCAUCGAUGACAAGCAGAAGAAGGCAUCACUAGAGGAGAUCCGGAAGAGUGUUAUCGAUGUGACAGAUGGCCAGCAAACGAGUCGAUCAAACGGCCAGAAAAAGGCGAUACGAAAGACACCGGAAGAAGACAAUGAAGACUCGGACGAGACAUAUGUCGAUAACAAUCGGAAGAGACUCACGAAGAAGAGUGUGACGAAGAAGACAGCGAUCGCCGCAAAGAAACCAAAGAGUAAAACAAUCAAAACCAAAGUCGAGGCCAAAAAUCAAUUGAAAAACAAUAAAAUUGUCGAUUGUUUAACGGAAGAGACGACUGCGAGCUCUGGCGCCGACGGACAGCAGCCGUUGACCACCACUUCGGUGACCAGCGAUGGCCGGACGCGGACAAUGUUUGUGUGCCAACACGUGGGCUGCGGCCAAACGUACGACCGGGUGUCACACCUGCGCCGACAUCGGGUCACUCACGUGACUGAGCGGCCGUAUCGGUGCAAUUUGGACGCCGACUGCGACGCCGUGUUUGACUACAAAUACCUGUUGCGACAACACGUGGUGAGAGUGCACACCGCCGACCCGGAGGCCGUCGAUGGCCAGCGGUUGCGGCAAAAGUUGGAGAACCAGCGCUGCUUUGACCCAAUCACUCAGCAAUACCACUGCCCGCACACGCCGUGCGACAAGACUUUUGCAGACCUGUCGGCGCUCAACCGUCACCUACGGCUCCGACACCCGGCGCGUCAGUUUCCGUGCGAUUACGACGGAUGUGAUAAGAUUUACAAUACGGCCGCACUUUUGAAACGGCAUCACAUGGCGGCGCACGAUGUGGUUAAGCGGUACGCCUGCCAACACCCGGGCUGUGCGUAUCAGACGGCCUACAGGUCUGGUUUGCGGAUACACGAGGACACCCAUCGGACCACUGAUCGACCGUUAUAUCGGUGCGAAGCGGCCGCCGACUGCGAUCGGGCCUUUAAAACGGCGCUUAGUUUGCGAUAUCAUCUCCAGAAG